CCGGCGAGGGCGAAGGCAGGAGGGACAGUGCGAGCGGGGGGCACCGGGUGGCGGCGGCGGCGGCCCCGGGAUCACCAUGGCCGAGCUGCUCUGGAGCCUGCAGGAUUCCCAGCUCGUCGCCCGCUUCCAGCGCCGCUGCGGGCUCUUCCCCGCGCCGGAUGAAGGCCCCGGCGAGCCCUGUGCUGGCCCCGCGGAGGGCGCGGCGCGGGCGCCCGGGCUCGGGCAUCUCCCCGCGGCCAAAGGCAGGGGCGCCGGGGAGCCGGCCAAUGGGCUGCGGAGAGUCGCGGUCCCGCAGGCUUAUGUACAGAAGUACAUUGUGAAGAAUUAUUUCUACUAUUACCUAUUCAGAUUUUCAGCUGCUUUGGGACAAGAAGUGUUCUACAUCACAUUCCUUCCAUUCACUCACUGGAAUAUUGAUCCUUAUUUGUCCAGAAGACUGACCAUCAUAUGGGUUUUGGUGAUGUAUAUUGGCCAGGUGGCCAAGGAUGUCUUGAAGUGGCCCCGCCCCUUUUCCCCGCCUGUGGUGAAACUGGAGAAGAGAGUGAUUGCUGAAUAUGGGAUGCCUUCCACCCACGCCAUGGCAGCCACCGCCAUCUCCUUCACCCUCCUCAUCUCUACCAUGGACAGGUACCAGUAUCCCUUUGUUUUGGGACUGAUGAUGGCUGUGGUGUUUUCCACGUUGGUGAGUCUCAGCAGACUUUACACGGGGAUGCAUACAGUCCUGGAUGUGCUGGGUGGCAUCUUGAUCACCGCCAUCCUCAUCGUCCUCACCUACCCCGCCUGGACCCUUAUCGAUCUCCUGGACUCGGCCAGCCCCCUCUUCCCUGUGUGUGUCCUGGUGGUGCCAUUCUUCUUGUGCUACAAUUACCCCGUGUCCGAUUACUACAGCCCGACCAGAGCGGACACCACCACCAUUAUGGCUGCCGGGGCUGGGGUGACCAUAGGAUUCUGGAUCAACCAUUUUUUCCAGCUCAUGUCCAAGCCCACGGACCCUCUCCCUGUUAUUCAGAACAUCCCGCCCCUCACCAGGGACCUGUUAGUUUUGGGUCUGACCAAAUUUACGGUGGGAAUUGUGCUGCUCCUCUUGGUUCGUCAACUUGUACAAAAUCUCUCGCUGCAAGUGCUGUACUCCUGGUUCAAGGUGGUCACCAGAAACAAGGAGGCCAGGCGGAGACUGGAGAUCGAAGUGCCUUACAAGUUUGUCACCUACACGUCAGUUGGCAUCUGUGCUACCACCUUCGUGCCAAUGCUACACAGGUUUCUGGGAUUACUGUGAGCCUCAAGUGGUCGGAAGUUAGCUCACUGGACAUGAGAGCAAGACAUCAAAAAGUUGUUGAGUGGGGAAGUUUUGACAACACAUUUUUCUUUAAAAAAAAAAAAAAAAAGCCCUAAGUCACAUGUCUGUUUUGCUGGUACCUGAGAGAAAGGUUGCUGCUUUAUGGAAGGAAAAAUGGUCUCACGGUGACCACUAGCCUUGUAAGCGUAAUGUUGCAGAUGAAGCCAGGCAAACCCACAGCUGAGUUCUUUAAGGCGCCUCACCCUGUCCAUUACUUGGACUUUGGACCAGUCCUGGGCUGGCAGGAGCUGUGGCCUGGCUUAGGAACGGCCACAAGCCCCCCUGGGUUCUGGAGAGCCUAAGGAGACGGGCAUGAUCCAGGAGGCUGGACGUCGAGCGUUCCUUUUCAGUUGUGACCUUGCCCAGCACUGAGUCUCAUUUCCAAAACUGCAAUGUUGGUCCAAGAGAAAGGGUGGUGCCACGUAAAACUGCAUUCCUUGGACAGGGCGACUUUCUUGUCAUGAUGAUCACAUUAGACAGUGCCUGCAUGGGGGGAAAGAGCACUGGGAACCUCGCUGGGAAGCAGGAAAGGCGGGGGCAAAGCUGGCGAGGUCACGGGCAAGAGCCUGCUUUCCUUAUGCAUCCUGGUCUCUGUCGGGUGCAUAUUGAACCGGGAUCCACUCCUCGUUUGUACACUUUGCAGGAUUCCAGGCACCAUUUCUGUCCUCUUCUGACCCAUGAACCCAACUGGCUGCUCCCAUCUCACCUCAUCUGGGUUCCUCUGAGUGUCCUGCUCUCUCCUGCGUCAGAGUGACUUGGGACAAGCCCUCUGCUCUUCUUCAGCUUUCUUGCUUCCUUACAAACUGGGAAGCCAGUGUCGUCUGCCUGUGAAAGUGGAUCAAUAGAAGAACCGAUGAACACAAUCCUUCCUGGGGCCUGACAAAGAGGGACUAGCCCUCCCUCCCUGACACUCGUCCUCCACUUCUUAGUUACUUUUCCUAAAUCUGUUUUCUCAUCUGCUGAAUAGAAUCAGCGGCUCCCUUUCCAUCUUCCCACCUCUUACCUCUUGGCAGUUUUAAGGGUAAUUAAUGCAAGAACGACAUCAGCCUCUCUUAGGAAAACAAGCCAACAAAAUACAACACCUUUAAAUCUCGGGAGAGUCCUUAGACUUAGGAGGGUGGUCAUUAUGCAGACAACCCCCUGCAGGGGUUCCUCUUCAGUUCUUAAGAAUGAGGAGGAACAGGUAUCAACAGUGUUCUUAAAAGUGAGUAUCAGCUUGUAAUUAACAAAGUGUCUUUUGCGUGUAGUGCCUGAGCUGCUGAAGCCAAUGAUCUAUAACCCUCGUGCAUCCUCACCAUGCACACACUUUGGGGGAAAAUUAGCCUGCCUGGAGAGUUAGGCUCUUACCUCUGCAUCCAGUGUGAAAACCGAACACCCGUUUCUCCUGAUUUUGAAUAUGCACCCUGGCCUUUUGGUUGUGAUGAUCUUGAGUAUUUGAUUUAAUGCUCCAGUUUAUUGAGAAGAAUAAUUGUUAAGACAUCCUGUUUUUCCUUCAAAUUCUUCUGACAUUUUUCAUAGUUAGAAGGCAGGGGUCAAAAUGACCUGCCGUUUACCUGUCUUUAGAUCAUACUCUGACCAGUAGUUGUGGCACCGUGAUGGGGAGAUGCCCCAGCUCAUGGGCACCCCUGCCCUAGGCCGCCCCACAAUGCAGUGCAUGGGGCACUUCCCUGUACCUCCGUCCCCACAGGCUGCCAAACCCGAGGUCACAGUGCUAGCUGAUAUUUACGCAAAAUGAUUUUAGUUGAAUUCUCUGAAGCCAGCUAGCAAAAGGAUCAGCCUUUUCCACUUGUAUCUUUUGAGAAGAAGGGCCAUAAUUAUUGUCACAGCAGUGGGUGUGGGUGAUUCAUUUGUGUGUGUGUAAAGUUUACUGCCGUCCUUUCGUUUUAAGUCCCGACAAUAGGAUUGCGAUCAGCUGUAUUAUAUAUUUAAGGCUGUAUUUACACGAUUUGGAUUGAGGAUGAAUAUGUUAGCCACAGCUCAUUAAAGAAAGACCCAUGGAUUUGUCAUGGUUGGUCGCUUUUCAAAGUCUCUUGAUAUAGCAUCUGAAGAAUAAAAUGUGCAUAUUGGUGAGGCCAAGCUUAGUUUUUGAGCACUACAGCUCUGUGGCUUAGAAACUGGUUGGAAAAGUCCUUACCUGAUUCACACUGCAGCUUGGCCAGCCCUCUUCAUUCACUUCACACAGCGCUUCACUCUGUUAGACCCUCACGCCCUCUCAGUCUCUCUCUCUCUCUCUCUCUCUCACACACACACACACACACACACAUGCCCCUUCAAAGACUAUGCCUUCUGUCUCUGACCUUUGGAUUUUCUCUCUGGGGAAAGACUGCCCCCUGCUGGCUUGCUUCAGGCUUGGUCCAGAGCCUCUCUCUUGAGCAGGAGUCUUGAAGAGUUUCAGAAUCCAGCUCACCGUGAUGUAUCCAAUCUAAGCUUAGGACCUGCGGUCUGGCCAGUCCUGAAUUUGGAAAUGGUGACACCAAAGCCCUCGGGGUCGUUGGCCCCUCCAGGCAGAACGGCAUGCCCUUUUCCCGCCUGUCCUCAUCCUGCUCCCAGCCCACCACCUCUCUGGACCAGGGCAUCCAUCCUGUGACUGUCAUUUUAAACAGCCAUCAUUUCAGGCCAGCUUUGCUCAGACUUGCACCAUAACAGAAUGUGCAAAAGAAAAAAAAACGCAGACGAGACCAUGAACUAAAAACCCUAAACAGCUGAAAUCACCCCUCAACGUGCCUGCAGAUCACAGUGUAACACAGGAUUUUCUUGCCCAAAUAGGCGACUCAUGCUUCCCGAGUGUAACCAAAGCAUGUGGUGUUUCAGGGCCAUAUGCUCCGGGUUUCUAUUUUGGAAACUUUCAGCUGUCUUGCUUAUGUACCAUCUUUUUCCCCCAGAUCCUCAGGGUUCACGCGACCUGAGUUGAAAAGAGGCGACAAACAUAAACAGGAGGCUGUACAAUUCUCUAUCGCUGUCAUGAUUCAGUCACGUGCAAAUGUUGGUGAGCAUCAUAGCAGCCACAGGUGUGAUGAACAGGAAGUAAGUGGUAAGACUGCAUGCUUAAUUCCCCUCCUUCAACUCCUUGAUACUAAAGAACAUCCUCUUACCAUACUUAGAGAUAAAUGUCACUGUGUGUUGAAAGGUGAAUGUUAAAAGGCGAGGCUGGGAAAGGUAAGUAAAACAGAUGAGACUAUGUUGUCUGCUGAGCAAAAUGGACAUGACCGCAUUUCACAUUCACAUCGUUGCAACAAUAUGCUCUGCCUUUAAGCGUCCUUUGCUGUUUGAAAUGGUGCCAAAGGCCGAUGACGCUCUUAUUUGCAAGGCUGAGGCUAGGACCUAUUUGUACCUUGAAUGCUAUGUAUUUCAUGAUACCUAAUAUGCUGCCUGCUUGAGGCUGGAUGAGACCUCAGCUGCCCUGUGGAGUUCUCUCCAGAGAGAGGAGACUCAGGCUCAGAAAAUUACAACCCAAGACCCAAAGUGUUAAGGCUGUAGGGAAAAGACAACUUUGCAGUGUGAAUUGAGAAGAGGGAGAGACGAAUUCCAGCUUUGAGGUCUGUGACUCAAGGGAGGCUUGUGGGAGAAGCAGUGUGUGAGCCAGGCUUAAAGAACAGAUGGGGUUUGCACAGGGGUGUGAUGCACAGUAGGUACGAGAUGGUACUCCAUGGUGAGGGCACAGCUUGCCAGAGACACUUCUCCAAAAACCUCCAGCUCUAACAAGGAGAAGACAGACCACACCCGUGCUGGUGAGUGUGUGGGAAUAACAGUGGUGGCAGGGGUGGGAUAAACGGUGAGCAAGGGGCUUUGAUGUUGCAGAACCGAAUCACGAGAACAGGAAGGAAGCAUAAGAAGCUCUUUAGUCCAUUUCCUUGCCUCCACGUGGGACCAUCCAGAGGAGUUGACAUCUACAGAUGGGUAAGCAAAGGAGGAAAAUGUCCCUUGGGAAGAAGGAAGUAAAGACCACAUGUAUGGAUCAACUAGGAUGCAAGACGCUGAGCUAACGUGAAGGCUGGAGAGGAGGUCAGGCCCAGCUGAUCAUGCUUAUUAUGCUCCAGAACAAGCCCUGUCCAGGGCCUCCCCGUGACAGGCUCACCGCCAGGGCUCCGUGUUUAAAUGUUGUGCCCGACGCUCACAGCUAAGAGAUCUCCAGUGAAUCCCGUCCGUCUCUGAGUAGCCUUUCACCCCACAUGUAUCCAGCACCAGUGUGGAUCUCUACACAGCUUUGCCUCCGUUACAACUCGUUUCUUGCUGGCCCUAAGGGGAGGCAUAUGGAAGUCCACUGGAGCACUCUUUGUAAUUGCAGAGCUGGAAACAACAGAAGGUUCAUCAACAGAGGAACAGCUGAACAAAUUAUGGACAUCCAUGCAAUAGGAUUUUGUAUCAUUUAAAAGGGCUCCCAGUUUUUACUACAUAGGUGUGUCUUCUCCAGUAAAAGCUUUCUGGCAGGCAGUGCCCACAGACUGCUCUGGCUCCAGUUCAAAUGCCUCACGGGGACGAGUGUAAGACGAUCUGGCUGUGGAGCCUCCACUCAUAAGCCGAAGGGAAAAGAACAGGAUUCUGUCCUGCAGACGUGGUGGUGACGGUGAGAGGCUCUGAUGUGUGGAGAGCUUCUCUGUUUCUCAGAACAGCUCCUGGUCCCCCACUGGGCUCUCAUGGACAAGGCAGCUUCAAGCAGAUGCCGCAUUUGUGCAGUACAAGCUGGCCUGAUGCGGGGAUAGCAGUACCACCCACGGAGCCAGACACUGCUUUCUACUUUAUUCAACAUUAAUGCACAAGCACAAGUGGACUGACUUACUGUGGGGACAACUAAAGGGCACCUAGGAGGAGAGAGGGACCCUCGGGGCGAGAACCACACGACAGAGACCCGUCUUCACAAAAACGGCUCAAUGUUGAUUUCCACGCAGGAGCAGGGCAUGGUCAGCUCGAAUUUGGUAAUAACAUCAGGAUGAAGGACCCCCAGCUUCCCGAUGCUCUGACCCCGGGCAAAGAUCUCAGCACAUCGCCCGGGGAAGAAUGCAGGGCCUGAAAAACAGGGAGAGAAAAAUCAACGUUUCUCCUGGCAAAAAUGUCAGUAGACAUUUAACAUUGAAAGCUCACUAGUCUACUUUAAAAAAUAACUAUUCUUCUUUAAACUACUGGCCAUGAAAUAAGAGUGCUCCCUCACACUUUCUGGUCUUAAAAAGAAGCAUUUGAGAUAGCUAGUGGGAAGCAGCCGCAUAGCACAGGGAGAUCAGCUCGGUGCUUCAUGACCACCUAG